AUGGCCACAAUCUGGUUUCUAACGCGGCGCCAAAUCGAACGACUUCACAUGAAAUCGAUAGCCCCAAAUACUCUUCCCACACAGCCCAACCUGUUGGAGUCUGCGAUCCAUUCGCCGAUGAACAUGAAACACUACGGACAGGUGGUAGAUGUGUUGGAGCUUGCUGCACAUCUCGCGAGCAGAAUAAUGAAGAAUCAUGCCUACCUGGAUGGGAAUAAGCGUACUGCAUUGGUGGCAGCCGAUAUGUUCUUGAGUAUCAACGGUCACCAGCUCCAAAAGGAGCCCUUUGCGGACGAUGCGCAUAAUAAGGGACUCGCAGAUGCGCACGUCGCUGUUGUUACCAACAAGUGGACUACCCAGCAACUGUCAGAAUACUACAAGUCUGUGGCAACGCCGCUAAUUGAGCUGACUCCAGAAAUCAUGGAGUUCAAGAAAGCUGCCACCGAGUAUUAA